UGGCGAUCUGGUGAUCCUGGAUAUAGAUCGGUUCUCCGCAUAUUCCGGACCUCGGUUGCGGAGUUGCUUGCAGACCCCUAGUGUUAUUUUCAAAGCAUUUAACUUCGCAUUGCUAAACUACUUGGGAGUGAGUUUUGAGAAGUAUAGACAUCAAACUUGAGACAGCAAUGGCACCCCCACUGACAGGCAUUCGCGUAGUCGAACUGGCAGGCCUAGCACCAGGUGAGUCCACUGACUCUAACAGUGAAGUAAACAAUGCUAAUAUGAGCGCAGGUCCCUUCGCUGGCCUCCUUCUCUCCGACUACGGCGCCUCCGUCCUCCGAAUUGACCGCCCCAAACCCCCCCAAGCACCUCCAGCCCCCGACCAACUCACCCGCCACAAAACCUCCAUCACCCUAGACCUCCGGGACAAAUCCUCCCACGCCCUCCUUCUCUCCGUCCUCCAGCAUGCCGACAUCCUCAUCGACCCCUACCGCCCCGGCGUCUUGGAACGCCUCGGCCUAGCCCCCGCAACGCUCCUGAAACACAACCCGCGUCUCAUAGUCGCACGAAUGACGGGCUUCCGCCGCGACGGGAAAUACAAAGACAUGGCGGGGCAUGAUAUCAACUACAUUGCUGUGUCGGGGGUUCUCUCAAUGCUGGGACGGGAUAACGAACCGCCCUAUGCACCGGGGAAUAUAAUCGGUGAUUUCGCGGGUGGUGGGGCGAUGUGUUUCGUCGGGAUCUUACUCGCGUUGCUUUCCCGUGUGCAUACGGGAAGGGGGCAAGUCGUUGAAGCGAAUAUGGUUGAUGGAUCGGCAUAUUUGGCUGCGAUGCCGCGACUCACGCGGAAGACACCGCUGUGGAAUCAGCCAAGGGGGCAGAAUCUUCUCGACGGCGGGUGUCCGUACUACGAUACCUACGAGACACGAGACAAGGGUAAAUACUUUGCAGUCGGGGCAUUGGAGCCGCAGUUUUAUGCCGCCCUACUCCGCGGCCUUGGAUUCAAGGAGGACGAGCUACCCCCGCGCGACGACAAAGCAAAUUGGCCAGUUCUACGGGACGCAUUUGCGGAACGCUUCAAGCAGAAAUCGCGACAGGAAUGGGAAACCGUGUUCGACGGAACAGACGCAUGCGCAACACCCGUCUUCGAGCAGGACGAGCUGGAACAAACCGGGUACGAGCAACGCCCCGCGGUCCAUUUGACUGCGACGCCGGGAUACAGCAUCCCGGCCGAUGACGGGGGAUGGAACGGACAAAUACUGCCUCCCGGGACGGAAGGUGAGAAGACGCUAAAGAAGUGGCUUGGAUGGGAGUUGGGACGGGAGUUUGAGGCGAGAGAGGACGGGGCGUUAACUUUGAUGCGGAGUGUCAAGACCAAGGUCAAGUUGUAAUCCACUGCACCUUUCCCCAUAGAGAGUCAUGACGGACACCCCGAAAC